CCUGCCCUGCCCGGGACGUGCCAUGGGACAGCUGAUUGCCAAGUUGAUGGGCGUCUUUGGGAACCAGGAGCACAAAGUUAUCAUCGUGGGACUGGACAAUGCAGGAAAGACCACCAUUCUCUACCAGCUCCUGACGAAUGAGGUGGUCCAUACAUGUCCCACCAUGGGUAGCAACGUGGAGGAGAUCGUUCUUCAGAAGACCCACUUCCUCAUGUGGGACAUAGGGGGACAGGAGGCUCUGCGCUCCACCUGGAACACGUAUUACUCCAACACCGAGUUCGUCAUCCUUGUGAUUGACAGCACGGACCGGGACCGGCUGCUGACCACACGAGAGGAGCUGUACAAGAUGCUGGCCCAUGAGGCUCUGCGAGAUGCUUCAGUGCUGAUCUUUGCCAACAAGCAGGACAUGAAGGACUCCAUGAGCACCAUGGAGAUCUCCCAAUUCCUUACUCUCAGCGCCAUCAAAGACCACCCGUGGCAUAUACAAGGCUGCUGUGCCCUCACCGGGGAAGGGCUGCCUGCCGGACUCCAGUGGAUGCAGUCUCGGGCCACUGCUAACUGACAUCCCAGCCUGAGACCAACCAGAAACUCUGGGGGUUUUGCAUCGUCAACGUGGGUGGGAAACCCAAGUGGCUAUUUAUUACUUUUCUGUGAUUCUCUGGUGGGGCAGGGACAGCUAUGGACAGCGAUAUUGCCACUGCCUGCCCAGCCCCUCGCUGAGGAGCAAGACUGCAUACCUUGAAUCGUUGCAGACAGGACAGCAGAAAAAGCUGUCCCCCACUCCAUGGCUGCUGCACGUGUCCUUCUUGGAGACACCAGGGAAGGUGUUGGAUGUAUUGGAGCCCUCUUCCUCUGCUCAGCGCCCAGCCUCUCUGUUGGAAAAAUGUGUGUGUGAGGGCACAGAAAGAGACCCUGGAACUGCUCUUUAUUUCCUCGCUGCCCCCCACCCCAGCUUUCUGGCUCUCCAGCCAUUUUUGUCCCAUACCCUUUGGGCAAGGGAGAUCCCAGGAGAGUGAAGGGGGUGGGCUUAGGGGGAGGAGGGCAGAAUGAAACCCUGGAAGGGGAGAGGGAGGAGGAGGACAGGACAUCCCAGACAGGGACCUCUAUUGCACUGCAGGGAUUCCACUCCUCUCUCGCCUUCCCAUGCCCUCUGAGAUGUUGAGUUUGACCACAGCUUUUGGACUUUAACCCACUCCAUGGUACCCC